UUAAUUUUUAGCAUAGACUCUACUCUACAGAGUAGACCCUACUCUUCUUCUCAAACCCUUCUCGAAACAGACGACAUCCAUCUCCAGAACCGACCCCUAUCUCCGGACGCAGCACAUGGCGGCGACUUUCUCCGUGUAGUCGUUACCGGCGGCGGCGGGGGGAACAACUGGUUUCGGGUGGAGAUCGAGUUGACGACGGCGAGAUCCAAACGAUCCAGAUGAAAGCCGGACUGGAGGGAGGGUGUGGAUUACUGAUGGAGAAUCUCUCUGUUGGAUCGAAGGAGUUUUGCGACGAUGGAGGCUGGAUUGACGAUGGGAUUUCUCUUCUCUGUUGGAUUUCCGCAGGCGGCGCUGGUGGUGUUUUUAGUCGGAGAAACGGAAAGAGGCAGUGGGGGUGAGACCGCAAUGGAUUGGAAUCUCAUCACUAAUUCGCCUGCUGUUGGACUCUCCUCUAGAGUUGAAGAAGAUGCUAAAACCAGGUGCAUAGAUAAGGAAAGACAAGCUCUCCUCAAGUUCAAAGAAGCUCUUGUAGAUGAUUACGGUCGUCUCUCAUCUUGGGGGAGUGAAGAAGAUAAAAGAGAUUGUUGCAAAUGGAGAGGAGUUUGGUGCAACAACCGCACUGGUCAUGUCACAAUGCUCGAUCUUCAUUUAUCAGAUGAUCCUUCUUAUCAUCCACUGCAAGGUAAGAUUAGUACUUCAUUGCUUGCAUUGCAACAUUUGAAGUAUUUGGACCUCAAUGGAAAUAAUUUUUAUGACGACAUCACAAAGUUGGGGAACUUUUCUAAGUUACGGUAUCUUUAUCUUGGCUACAAUUUUGAUCUGAAGUGUGAAAAUCUUGAGUGGCUUUCUCAUCUUUCUUUAUUAAGUCACUUGGACCUUAGUUAUGUUAACCUCAGUAAAGCAGUCGACUGGGUUCAAUCUAUCAAUAAUCUCCCUCUCCUAAAAGAGUUAAGGUUAUUUGAUUGUACACUUCCUGCUAUCACUACUCAUCCCUCACAUCCUUUUAAUUCUUCUCUGUCUCUUUCUAUACUUGAUCUAUCUUAUAAUGAUCUAUCUUCUUCAAUAUACAGUUGGUUGUUCAACUUUAGUAGUAGCCUUAUUUAUGUAGACCUUUUUGGUAACCAGUUAAAAGGUCCGAUUCCUGAUUCUUUUGGAGGCAUGAUUUCCCUCACAAAUCUUGGUCUUGGUUACAAUCAUCUUGAAUGUGCCCUUCCAAAAUCCUUUGCAAAUUUAAGUCGUUUGCAAUCUUUACAUCUGGCUGGAAACAAUUUAACUGAAGAACUUCAUCAGUUCCUUCAAAAGUUGUUUGCGGCAGAGGACUCAUUACAGGUUUUGUAUGUGUUUGACAAUCGACUUAGUGGUCCAUUGCCUGAUUUUACAACAUUUUCUUCCUUAAUAGAAUUGUCUGUUGGCUCUAAUCAAUUGAGUGGGUCCAUCCCAGAAACUUUUGGGCAACUUUCUAGUCUUGUUUCUCUUCAGUUGUAUGGAAACCAAAUUACAGGGUCAGUGCCUGACCUUUCAAUGUUUCCAUCAUUGACGGAUUUAGGACUUGGAGACAAUCAGUUGAAUGGUACUAUACACAGAAAUAUUGGACAACUUUCCAAGCUUGAGCAUUUUGACGUCUCUUUCAAUUCAUUAAAAGUCGUACUCUCUGAAACUCACUUUUCUAAUAUGUCCAGUCUGAAGUUUUUGUUAUUUUCUUCAAACGCAUUGCUAACUUUUAAUUUCUGUUCUGACUGGGUUCCUCCUUUCCAACUUGAUGUUAUACAGUUGUCCUCUUGUAAGUUGGGGCCUCAUUUUCCAAAAUGGCUUCAAACGCAAGUUAACUUCUCCCACCUUGAUAUCUCAAGUGCUGAAAUUUCAGAUGUUGUUCCUAGUUGGUUCUGGGAUCUUUCCCCUGGUUUAAUUUAUUUAAACUUGUCUAACAAUCUGAUCAAAGGCUUGUUGCCUGAUUUAUCAUUGAAGUAUCAUGGUUAUCUUAGUAUAGAUUUAAGUUUGAAUCAUUUUAUGGGUCCAAUGCCACUAGCUCCUCCUAAUGUAACACUUUUGGAUCUCUCCAAAAAUAAGUUAUCGGGUUCACUCUCUUUCUUAUGUGCAAUUACGGGUAUGGAGCUCACCUAUCUUGACCUCUCAAAUAACUCACUAUCAGGAGAGCUUCCAAGCUGUUGGGUGCACCUCACAUCUCUAUCGAUCGUUAAUUUGGCAUACAAUAAUUUUUACGGGAAAAUUCCGAGAUCAAUGGGUUCCUUAGGAGAAAUUGAUACUCUGAACUUGCGCAGCAACAAUUUCUCGGGGGGAGUUCCUUCUUCAUUAAAGAGAUGCACAAAGUUAAGAAUGUUUGAUCUGGGAGAAAAUAAACUCACAGGAAAAAUACCAGCAUGGAUAGGAACACAUCUAACAAGUUUAAUUGUUCUUAGUCUACGAUUCAAUGAGUUCAGUGGAAGCAUACCUCGACAUAUAUGUCACCUUAACCAAAUUCAAGUUUUGGACUUCUCCCAUAAUCGUUUAUCAGGAAACAUACCACACUGUUUUCACAAUUUUACUGCCUUGGUGGAAAGUAAGAGUUCUAGUGCAACCAUUUCUUUUUAUUGUAUGAAAUUUUAUGGCUCUUAUGCUCAAAGUGGCACCUAUAUUGAGAAUGCAUUGGUGCUGUGGAAAGGAAAAGAGUCAGAAUACGGAAAUACUUUGGGACUACUAAAAUGCAUUGAUCUUUCUAGCAAUGAACUUGUUGGGAAAAUUCCUAAACAAGUUGGGAGUCUUGCAGGGUUGGUUUCGUUGGACCUAUCAAGAAAUAAUUUGACAGGAAAUAUCAUCCAAGAAGUUGGUUGGAUGAAAAUGUUGGAAUCUCUUGACUUGUCUGCAAAUGAGCUUUCUGGCUUGAUUCCUGACGGCCUCGCUGAUCUAAAUUUUCUCAGUGUGUUGAAUUUGUCAAAUAACAGGUUGUCGGGGAAAAUCCCAAUAAGCACUCAAUUGCAAAGCUUUGAUCCCUCUGUAUAUUCUGGGAACCCUGAACUUUGUGGGCUUCCACUUCCGAAUAAGUGUCCUGGAGAAGAAAUAGUUGUGGAACCUCUAGUUAUUGUUCAAGAAGAUGACGACAACUUUAUUACCACUGGAUUUUACAUUAGUAUGGGGCUGGGUUUCACCCUUGGAUUUUGGACAGUUUUUGGCACUAUGAUUUUUAACAAACCAUCUAGACAUGCUUAUUUCGAGUUCUUGGACCGCAUAAAGAAUUGGUUUUAUGUGACAACUGCACUACGUAUGGCUAGAUUGCAAAGAAGGCUUCAGAGGUAAACGGUCUAUGUUGCAAGCUAUCUUCAGCUUAUUGCUCCCAAGAUCUAUCUGUAUGGAUACACCUGAGAGACGAGUAGUGAGUUUGGAGUAUACGAGGUGGAGCUAUCAGCAUAACUGUUUCACUAUGUUUUUGUUGAAAUGAUGAAAUAACUUCAUUAAUAUUUAUUUUCAUUUGUAAUUAUAUUGUGGAUCGUAUGUUUGGGUGUUUGUUUUUGCUAUCAAAUGUGUUUGGAAGGAUGGCAAUCAAAUGUUUGUAAUUUUCUAGUUAAUUUUAUAAAUUAUUGAGUAUGAUUAUGAUUAUA